CUCCCUGGGCUUGCUCCUGCAGAGAAUUGUUUGCGUACCCCUUGGAUCCAGCCUCAGUUUUUUAUCUGCUUUGUGCACCAAAGAUAAUUGUGUGCCACUCCCUGAAAUGCAGAGGGGAAGUGAUUAAAAGCUGGGUCUCAGCAGGUGCUGGUCACCUCCUGUUUGCUUUUUGGAGGCACUGAGGUUCCAUGGGGAUGUCUCCAGUUCCUGUAAUCUCUGCACCAGGCAGGAAAGGUGCCCUAAAGCUGUGGUCUGUGAGGGAUCGAAGUCCCCUUUCCCACAAAAAGGGAUUUUGUGCUAUCAGUCCCAUGGGGUUUUUCUCCCAUGGAAGCACUAUGGGGAGGAUCCUGUCAAGUACUGCAGGUGAGGCAACAUCCCCAGGCUAUCCUUCAUGUUAAACCUAAGAGGGUUGGCGAUGCUGUGUCCCUACAGCACUGGCACAAGAGCUUUCAAAAAAAGGUGGGUUUAUAUUCACAACAGCUUAUUUAGAACAGCUCUCCUCAUGUCAGCCUCUGAGGGAUGAUGCAGGUGAGCAGGGAUGAUGUAACAGCAUGAAUUGCAUCACUGCAGCUGGGUGCUGGUAGUGGCACCAGCAGGUGGGAUGGCUGCAGUGACAGCUGCUGAGCAGUAGCCACCUGUUGGAUGUGGGUCGUUAUUUUGUCUUGCUUCAUCUUUUUCCCCCCAAGUGUUUGUACUACCAGCUCCAAUAGGGUGGGAAAGAAACUCCUGGCCCCUCCGUACCUUCUUACUGCACAGCAUGGCUGGUGGCCAAUGCUGCUUGUGCCAGUCUUCUGGUGAGUCACAGGGCGAUGACCUCACCUGGCACUGGUGACUGCUUGACACAGCUGUUCCUGUUUUGCUUUCCUUUCCACACCUGGGGAUCUCCUGCAGUCGGGGAUUUCUUGCUCUGGAAAAGCAGAACGAACCUCCCCAGUGCUUUUCUUCCACUUUGUAGCACUGGAUCUGUAAUUAUUUGUGUCACUCAAUGUAUUGACAGCACAAUCAAUAGAUGUGGAAUGCAAUUAACCAUUUCUUAAUGUAGUGAGGUCAGAUAGCUGCUCAUUUUCUUGUGGGCAGAAACAGAAGAGGGGCUGCAUCACUGUUUAUGCCUCCCUGCUGGGCUGGCCAUGGUGUCCUCAGGUGGUGGCUUCAGGGUACCUGCUGUGGUGGGUGACAGCUGCUGUAGUGGCAGAUCCAGCAGAAGCGUGGUUCAAAGGAGCUGUGCCAAAUGCAGCCAGACUGGGUUGAGGUACAACCUAUUGGUGUGAAAGCAUCCCUUGCAGCUCCUUCUGCAGGACUCUAGGUUUUCCUGCCAGCUGCUCAGAGCUUGGUGCCCACGCUGGAGCCAUGCAGUGUGUCAUGCUCCAGUGCUGUGCUUACAGCUCUGGCUUCCCUGCUCUGCUUUCACUUUACCUUUGGCACCUUGGGAUUUCCUGCUUGCCUGUGUAAAGAAAUGACAUCUCGUUACGCUUUGCCAACCAGAAAUGAUGCCUGGGGAAAUAGACGCUGCAGUGACAGAGGAGAGAAACGAAAGGAGCCAAGUCCAACAGCAACGUGAUGCUGCUACGACAUCCAAUGGGCCACCCCAGAGCAUCUCUACGGCUGUUCUGAUUGCAGCCAGCAGCAAUGGGUGCAGGUUUUGAGGUAAAUCCCCUGGAUUAUGGUAUAGAUGGGACUGCAAGAGCUGGUAUUGUCUGUGAGCAUGUUGCCCCUUCUCACCCAGGAGGAUAUGCUGCUCAGCUGCAUUGAGGAUGUGCCCAACUUUAACACCUCAUAGGAUUUUUCUGUUAUGGAUGUUCUAUGCCUUGCUUGGGUAGCUUCUGUGGAGUUACUUUCACUGCUUUUGGCUUGUAUUUCAUCGUUGUACCAAGUAUGAACAAGCUGCAUUGAAUAAAAUGCAUUUUUCUCAAUGUGUUUGUUUCUUUAAGUGGACAGAAAGGAAAGAGGAACUUUCCAAUCUUGGGGCACACAAGGUAAUGAAGAACCAAACCUUGGCUGAGUCUCAGGCUUUUAAUUAUUGACCUUAGCUGUAUUAAUAAGUCGCAUAGCCUCGUGCUGGUGGGAUCCUGGUGGAUCCUGGUCCUGCAGUGCUGUCCACAACUUGCCAUGAGCAGGAAGCCUAUGUCUCCAGUGCUUUCAGGCUUUACAUCUGCACCUGGCUGUCCUGGCCCUGCUCCAAGCUCUAACUCCAUCUGGUCUGAGCAAAGUGAGCACUGCUGCUGGCCUAGAUGCACUGCUUCUCGUCCUGGCUGUGGUGCCUGGUGAUGGGACGGGAGGCAAUGAACACAAGUCAAAGCGUAUCUGAGCACAGCAAAGUCUUACUGAGGGGACAGUUAUGUGCUGGCACAGGCUGCUCAGUUUGUGGGGUGGUGAUAGGCAAAACAAGACACGGUCCUGGAGUGCCUUCUUAGGGCAGUGAAGCACUGGAACAGACUGCCCAGAGAGAUGGUGGAUGCCCAUUCCUGGAGACAUUCAAGGACAAUGCACUGAGCACCUGUCAGCUGUUUAUGUCCCUGUUCAUUGCAGGGGAGUUGGACUUGAUGGCCUUUAAAGGUCCCUUCCAACUCAAACAUCUCUAUGAUAACCUGCUCCAGCUGCCCCUGCUUUUUACACAUGCAGGAUUAUAUUUUUCUAUAUUUAAUGAUUGAUUAAUGCACAAAACAAAAUGCAGAUGUAGUUUCACAGCUCAGGUUACCUCGAGGAAACGGCAGAUUUUGGAUGCGCUUACUUGGCUGCCUUACUCAGUGCUACACUACUGCACAGUCGCUCUUUACACAUGUGGGUAUAUUUUGCUAUACUUCAUGAUUGAUUAGUGCAUGACAUUCAAAGCGCAGUUAUAGUUCCAUGGCUCAGGUUACCUUAGGGAAAGGGCAGGUUUCUUGCAGCGCGGGUGUGUUUUACAGCUGCCAAGGCAGCACUGUGAAGAUGCUGUAUUUGCAUUUUCCAUGAAUGCUGAACAGGGAGGAAAAGCCAUGCACAGUGCUGUGGGGUCCCAUCAUGUCCCAAGCCCCGUCCCGGUCUCCAUAUCCCCACAGCGCCCUCACCUGUGGCCACACCUGUGGCCUCGGGGUUUCCUCUCCACUACUUUCGCUUUCCUGUCGCAGAGCUGCCUUGCCGUGGAUUUUCCUGUCAAGCUGAAAGUGCAAUCCUGCCCGCUGCUUAAAAGCCAGAGAGAUGGGGCAGAGCUGCAGAAGCGAGUUGAGAACCUCCAUCUCACCUGAUUCUAUUUCUUCCUAUACUUAUUUAAUUUUGCUUCGAAGAUGGUAUGCUACGGGGUCACAAUGAUAUUGGUGGGGACCCUGGGAGCCCUCAUGGUGGAUGCGUUCCCCCGGGUCACCCCAAAGAAGAGCUGCAGCCUCUCCAAGUACCAGUUCCCUGCACCUUCGGAGUUGAAGGCAGUGCGGAGGAUGAAGGAGCAGUUUGAAGACAUCAUGCUGUUAACAAACCGAAAAUGCAACACCAGACUCUUCCAUCGGAAGUGGAACACGGCUGAGCUGUCGGUACCUGACCGGAUCACCCUGGUGGAAGCUGAGCUGGACCUCACCAUCAUCAUGCUCACAAACCCCACAAUCCAGAGGAUGGCUGAGACGUGCCAACAGCCCCUGGCCUUCCUUACCCAAGUCCGGGAGGACCUGCGAGACUGCUUGGCCCUUGAGGCGCCUUCACAUCAGCCCUCUGGGAAACUGAGGCACUGGCUGCAGAAGCUGGAGACAGCCAAAAAGAAGGAGACCGCCAGCUGCCUGGAGGCCUCGGCCAUCCUCCACAUCUUCCAAAUACUGAACGACCUGCGGUGCGCAGCCCAGCGUGAGGAUUGCACUUAGCCCCGCCGCCCUGCAUCUGCCCGGGAGUACCUGCUGCUCUCACACUGCUUUAUGGAAGCUUGGCUGUAUUUUCCUAUUUAAGCAUUUGUCUUCUUGAUGUGAGCUCAGAGAGCAAUUUUGUAACAGUCUUUUAAAUUAUUGUGGGUUUUGUGGGGGUUUUUUGUACCACGUAUUUAUAAAUAUUUAAGGAAGAUGUAAAGAAAUGCGCUUCUUGAAAGGUACUGCUCAAUGAGGAUGAGCAUAUUUAUUGUAUCUUUGUUUAUAUCUUUGUUUUGCACGUUUUCAAAACACUGUUUUUAAGAGAUUUAUUUUCUGUACUCACUAUUUAUUACACACUGUGUUACAUAUAUUUAAUUGUACAGAUUAUUUAUUUUUACAUGCUUUUUAACAUGAAAAAGAAAAUAAAUACCUCAAACUGACAAGCUGCCAUCAUGUUUUCACAAUAUCUUGCUAUAGUAUCAUCCCUUCAGAAUCGUUUGGGGAGGGUACCAAUAUGGAUGUUGGGCAUUUGAAGUCAGCAGAACCUCACCCCUGUGCUGAUGCCACCUGAAGGUGCACCCAGACACCUUUCCUGGGGCUCACUUUUGGGAUGAAUGGAUGCUGCGGUGGCUGGGAUGUCCCUGCCUGCUGAUCCAGGAUGGGUAGCACCAAAUAUGGGAAAUCUGAAGCCUAAAGCAUCCCAGUCCUGAGUGGCCAUCCCAGAAGCUCUCAGAAGAUCCCUGUAUGAUUUAAUUAUCAACCACAAGGAUAGGACAAGUGAGGAGUGCUGGGGAAGGAGGGCACCCUGCAGGGAGAGGAGAAAAAGGAUGGAUGAGCAGUGCUGAACAUCAUUCAGUUCAUAUUCCUUUGGGCCCAGACUGGUCACUAGGGGAGGGGAGCUGGUGAAGCUGUGAAGGUCACACAUUGUGUCACCAGGGGCAAGAACUCUCCCCAGCCACAGCAAGCAGAUCCAAAACACGCAGAUAAGUUUUUCUGUUUCUUAAGAAAGUCAACAGUUGAGUUUCAUCACUGGAUCACCUUAUAAACUUCUUCCGCCCCCAACUCUCCCAUCAGAACCCAGGUUCACAUCACCCACAGACCGUGCACUGUUGGUGGUGUAAAAGCAAUACUUCCUCCAGUAAUCUCCAGCUUGGGAACUGAUUUGUAGCUCUGCAGCAAACAGAAGAGAUCUCACAGCUGCUGGCUGCCAGGGCUUGACAUACCCUACAGAAUUAUGCACAACUGUAAGCAAUUUGCUGAUUCAUCUGAUGCUGUCACAAGAAAGGGUGAUUAAAAGGCUGCUGUAACAGAAAAGGUUCUGCCAGAAGGUGGGUUUCUAUUGAAAUUAAAGCAAAAUAAUAGUAAUAAUAGCCAAACUCCAGAGUCAGGGCAAGCUGUGCAGGGACACACCCAGGUGAGUCCUGGAUGGUUCCAGGAAGAGAGAUUUCACAACACAGGUAAGGCUUUCUGUUGAGUGAUUUUGUGCAGCAGCUCUGUGCCAGAGCCAACUGCAGAGUGAUGCAAUACACAGAGAGGGCAGAGGAUGACAAAUAGGGGCUGUGAUAGGGACAACACUUUCCCAGCCCUCUGUAAAAUCCUUGAAUGCUUUGGGUCAGGGGCCCAAUGCCCACUUACAUCAAGGACACUCUGUGACUAAUAGGAAAGGUUUUGAAGUAGUGGAAGCCCCCAGUUCUCCAUCCCCGCUCUGAAGCAAAAUGCUCCAGCUGCCCUUAUCUUACUGACGUACAGUGUGGACAUUUCUCUUCUUUCUGGUCCUGAUUUGUUAAGGUGACUGACUUAAAAGUCAGCAGACAAAUGGCACAGCUUCUUGUACCUCCUUCUGCUCUCGCUGGAUGUGACUUUUAUUUCAAUUCUUUUUGUUCCUAAAAGUGAUGGAAAAUUCCUUCUUUAGUCCUUGACAUCAAACAUCAGCAUGAGUUUAUAAUGGCAGCUCAAGCCACUGUUGGGUGUUUUUUUUAAUAAAUUUUCAUCACUACUAAAUUCCUGUUUUCUAGUGUACUAGAUACCAGUGCUCUUGAUAUUGCAAUUUCUCCUCCCAUUCAUUGCUGUUCAUAAUUCACACUAAUAUAUUAUACUGGGAACCAUCAGGAAACAUUCUGUGAUGUUACUGUCUUGCUCUCAGAGGAGGUGAUGUUCAGUGAGAUCUGACUGCUUUUAAUUUGCUCUGAUAAAAAGAGUUUUUUGAAAAAUAACCUUCACUUCUAUCUGCAGGUGACUUCUGCACGUGUGUGAGUGGUUGGUGGAUUACUCAUUCUCAUGCAAAGCCUCAAUUUUUUUGGAUUAGAAGGACAGGCUGAAGGACAGAUAGCUGCUGAAGACUCUUGGGACUCCAGGCUGCCAUGUGAAUUAGUGAUGAUUUUCUUCUUGUUUCCUUUGCACUCCAGAAGUCUUACUUAGGGUGUUACCUCUGUAGUCACAACCCAACCCCAUUUCUCUGCCCCUGGACAUGUCCCCCCAGCAGCCCACAUCCCCUGAUUCUCUUUCUGCACUCCCACAGAGGUAUCUGCAGAAGAGGCUGGGAUUGCUUCUUCUUUCUCACUUGAUUUCUGUUUUCUUUUCAGAAUGGAGUCUCCUUACUGCCCUGAGACAGCCAAGAAAGGGCAGCUGACACAUGGUACACCAUGCACUGUCACUCCUUUACUCAGAUAAAUGUCCCAAUAUCUUCAGUCCCAGAAUCCAUAGACUGGAGAGGUAAAUGUAAUAACCUUUGAGAAGGAAAUUUAGAAGGUAGGUUUACAGAACAGAAGGUUGUGUUUUAUGCCAAGCUUAGAGGAAAUGAAAACGAUCUAUCAGGAAAAUGUAAUAACUGAAUAUUUUGGGCAGGCAUUUAAAGGCUUAGGUUUUAAGAAAUGGCCUCUCGCAUCCAAAGUAUAACUGUGUGCCAUCAAGAGCAAUGAGGAAUUCCAGCCGUGUUACUGGGAAGCCCUGAAGCCCUAUUAAUGGUAUGGAAAAGAUGAAGAAAAGCUCAGAUCUGCUUCCUAAAUACUUUUCCACGCUAUUCCUUGUUUCUAGUUUACUCUGUGGUCUCUUGUCUGGAGGGAUGCAUCUGAGUUGAUGUGAUACUGCUUCAAGUGUUGUCUUAGCAAGGUUUAGAUAGCAAAACAGAGGACCACAAGGCAUCAGAGCGAAGGAACUUUUGUUUCAUGCCAAUUCUACAGACAGGCAAAUCUGGGGAAAAAGGGUUCUGGGUUAAUCAUUGUGAAAGUCAAAAGCUGAAAAUUGAACACCCUGUCAUGGUCUUGUGCUGGCUUCUGUACAGUUUAACCUUGGCUCCAAAGUCCAGAUUAUCACUGGGGGCUGUGACCAUCACUGUCCCAAGGAUCCUGUAGUCCAACAAUCCUGCAGUUGGACUACAUUUCAGGAGAUGGAAAGAGAAGAUUGCACUGUUUAUAGAUAGAUAGAUAGAUAGAUAAAAGACAAUGCUAAAAAGG